AUUCAAGCGACGUAUGUUUCAUGUCGGAAGACUAAUUCCGUUGCACCGUCCUUCACUACAAGAUAUACCGGGCUUUUGGUUUAGACAUCACCUGAUAUGAGUGGAUGCCACACACUGAGGAUUGCCUUCUUGAGGUUCUAACUCUGGAGGGUCUGAAGUCUCAAACAUGCUGUCAGGACUUGUUGCAGCUGCUGCCUGCCACUCUCUGAAGUGGACAUUGCCUCGCUGCAAAGCCACUCUUCACAGAACUUAUUGCUCAUCAAAGCCAAGGCAAUGGCUACUGGGAACGGUGGUUCAAAGACAGGCUCAUAGAUGGACUACAGCACAGUCAUCGAGUAUCAACCUGGGUCCUGUGUUUGCCAGAGCUCCAGCAUUUGGAGAUAGAAUUGCUAUCAUAGAUAGCAGUGGUAGCCACAGCUACAAGCAGCUGUACAGCAGCAGCUUAGGUCUUGCAGGUAGAAUCACUACCGCUCUCAACUGCGACUUUGGGGGUCUGGAAGGCAAACGAAUCUCCUUCCUGUGUGCUAAUGAUGCUUCCUAUACAGUGGCACAGUGGGCGUCUUGGAUGAGUGGUGGGACGGCCGUGCCACUCUACCGAAAACACCCUGAAUCUGAACUGGAGUACAUCAUCUCUGACUCCCAGAGUUCACUGCUGGUGGCAGGGCAUCCCUAUGCUGAAACCCUCGAACCACUGGCGCAGAGACUCGGGCUGCCAUGCCUGACGCUGCCCCCUACAUCUGACCUGUGCACCUUAGCUGGGGCAGACUCCCAAGACAAGGAGACAGCCAUUGCAGACUGGGCUGAUCGACCAGCGAUGAUUAUCUACACCAGUGGUACCACGGGGAGACCCAAGGGAGUUCUACAUACGCACAGAAGCAUCCAAGCCAUGAUCCAGUGUCUGGUUUCAGAGUGGGCGUGGUCCAGAGAUGACGUCAUCCUCCACACCUUGCCGCUCCACCACGUGCAUGGCAUCAUUAACAAGCUGCUGUGCCCGCUCUGGGUGGGCGCCACCUGCAUCAUGCUUCCUGACUUCGACCCUCAGAAGGUGUGGGAGAGGCUGCUGAGUUCCAAGGCUCCCCUGGUUAACGUGUUCAUGGCCGUGCCAACUAUCUACUCUAAGCUGAUCCAGUACUGUGAUCAACACUUGUCACAGCCUCAUGUCCUGAACUUUGUCAAAGCGGCCUGCAAAGAGAGGAUCAGGCUGAUGGUUUCGGGCUCGGCUGCUCUCCCUCUUCCCACUCUGCAGCGCUGGCAUGAGAUAACAGGACACACACUGCUGGAACGCUAUGGCAUGACCGAGAUUGGCAUGGCACUGUCCAACCGUCUCGAGGGCCCAUACAUCCCAGGCGCUGUGGGGUUGCCCCUUCCUGCUGUGCAAGUUCGGGUUGUCAUGAAUGACACGAACAUCACACUUGCGGAGGGCAAUCACAGAGACACUCAGGUACUUCCAGGUAUGGGGGGGAAAGAAGGGGAGCUCCAAGUUCGAGGGCCGUCUGUCUUUAAGGAGUACUGGAACAAACCUCAAGAGACCAGAGAGUCUUUCACUGAUGACGGCUGGUUCAAAACAGGAGACACAGUGGUCUAUAAAGACGGUGUGUAUUGGAUCAGGGGCCGCAGCAGUGUUGACAUCCUCAAGAGCGGUGGCUACAAGAUUAGUGCACUCGAGGUGGAGCGUCACCUACUGGCUCAUCCAGACAUCAUGGAUGUGGCUGUGAUAGGGGUCCCAGAUGCCACCUGGGGUCAGAAAGUCACUGCAGUGGUGCAGCUGAAGCAAGGGAAGAGUAUGGACCUGGCUGAGUUGAAGACCUGGGCAAGGGAGCACAUGCCGCCCUACACCAUCCCCACGGGCCUGGAGCUGGUGGAGGAGAUGCCAAGGAAUCAGAUGGGCAAGGUCAACAAGAAGGACCUCCUGCGACAGUUCUCCCGAUGACUUGGAACGCUUCGAUAUGUAUGACAACAUACACGUUCCUGGUUAAAUAACUGCAGGUGCACGUCACUUUCCGGGCUGUCCCCAUCUGGUCCUUAGAUCAGAUUAGAUCCUUUCAUCACAGACAAGUAUACAGAGGAAAUACAAAGUAAUGGAUAAACACCUCAUGGAAAAUGACUUAACCUCUGAGGUAACUUCAUUACAACUACAAAGACUGCUACAAAGGUAAUUCUAUUACACUGAAUGCCAAUUAUGUCAAGCUCUGUUCAUCAGUUACUGUGUCAAGGAAGUCUGGAAAUCAUCUUUUUAAUAUUUACUUUUUUGAGGCAAUAUUACGUAUGAAUUGUAAGCAGGUUUAGAGUAUGUAGGAUGUUCACAUUCGAAACAUGACAGAUGAGGUAAGAAUCAGUAUGCAGACUAAAAGCACUUGAUUUUUGAGUGUGGUCUUAAUGGAGACUUUAUUGCCCCACAAUGUACGGUACAAAGGAAAUGAAUGAGCUGCCCACAGCUGCAAACAAAAUAUAAAUAAAUGGCAAAUGGCAGUAAGACGGCUCCUGGAAAAAAGUAUAACAUCUUUGGAAAAAUAAUUUAGCUCUCUUUGUGAAGUUCAUUUGAUUGUGGCACUUUUGGUGCAGUCUGUACUAUAAAGAUUAAUAUAUAGUGCAUACUUCAUAUAAUUAGUAUGUAGUAUAUAAUUGGGGCAAAAAUGUGAUAUAGUUACUUCAAAGUCAAUAUCCUUUAUAUAGUGUCUGCACCCAGCUGAACUGUGGCAUGGACUGUUCAAUCUGUCUUAAUAAAAUGGGAACAGCUAGUUUUGUCUCUUUGGCUCCUGAUGAAUAAUUGCACAUACCAUUAACAGGAUGCUCAACUGUUCCAAUAAUACUUAAACACAGCGGUACCCACUGGGAAAGAGUGUUUUCAUUGUUCCUAUUGGUAUAUUCUGAUGUUUUAGAGAAUAAAGAGUGACAAUUUUGGUGAUAGGGUUGUGUGACUUAAAUCAAGAAUCAUGGUUAAUUACACCCACACCAAACAAAAUAGAAGACAAUUUGGUGGUAGAACAGGAGACAUGAUGAACUUUUAAAUGUGAUCAGUGAGAAAACAGUGUUAAGAUUAGGUUCUUAGCAAUACACACACACACAGAAGCACUUGAAAUAACAGAUAAUGUUUAUUUGAAAAUUAAAAACUUAUAAAAAAUUUAAA